ACGCGAGAGCACGAUCGAAGCAGCACACCGUCAAGGCUAUUUUUGUGCGAUCCACGAGGUAUUGUUUCGCGAGAGCGCCAGAUUACGAGGGACGAGAACCCGCCGGGAAGCCAAAGUUGCCGUGUCGAUUUGCCGGUCCGCGCCAGUUCGAGUUAAGCCGUACACGCGAUAGCACACAGGAGUGGAAGAAAACCCCAAGGUUCCUGUGGAGAUAUCCCAUUCACCUACCAGAGACGGUCCAAGUUGCCAUUGGAAGACCAUUCCAGUACGCGUUGAGAAGAAGCAACAGUAACAGCACCAGCAGCAGAUAAACUAACGAUGGCCCUCGCCGAGAACACCACCAAGACGGAAAUGACGCUGACGGAAACCUCGACGCCCGUCAUCUCGAAGGAGGUGAUCACCGAGCGUUCCGCUGACGGUGUGUCCGAAAAGAGCGUCACCCAGUCGAAGAGCUACGGUUCGGCGAGCGAGAAAUCGAUGGUGGAGGAGUCCGCUAACUCGAUCACCAAGAAGCAGGAAAAGUCCGAAUCCGCGUUCGCAUCGGAACGGAACGUCACCGAGACGGUGUCGGAUGGGGGUGCUCUUUCGUCCUCGCUGCUGUCGUCCUCGUCCCUGGUCAGCUCCGUCACCAGCAGCAAGGUGGUGUCGUCCUCGUUCAGUUCGUCCACGUCCUCCUCGAUCUCGUCCUCCAUCAAAUCGUCCUCGUCAUUCGAUUCCAGCUCCGCCAUCGAUGAGUUCUUCAAAAAUUAAGCACGCAAAACAGCGCCAUUAAUUUGUGAUCACUAUUGUAAUGGAUUAUCGUGUAAUUUUUCGCUAACCGUGUCAUCAUUUUUCUGUGUGUCUUUUCGCGCGAUAAAAAUUGAUAAACAAAAUCCGA